AUGCACCAGAACAUCAUCUCCGCAGAUGGCUGCCCAACACGGCCGAAUAUAACAUCCAAGAACAGUUCAUUCACCAUCAGACCUGCCCGAUCAACGAAGGAUAUCCAGGCUACAGUCACUUUAAUCCAAGCUUACACAAUAUCGCUCGGGAUUGAUUUGACAUUUCAAGAUUUCAGCACUGAGAUAGCGUCGUUCCCGGGUAAAUAUGCCCCUCCUGAGGGGGAGAUACUGCUUGCGAUCGAUGAUCAACCAAACGCUGGUGUCGACGGGGAUGGAGAGGUGCUAGGUUGUAUCUGCAUGAGACCAUUAAUACCCAGGAUUUUCUCGUCGAAAGAUACGAACACCGUCAGCCAAACCAUCACCAGCAGUGAAAAGCGAUACUGUGAAAUGAAACGAUUAUAUGUCCUUCCCUCUACUCGAGGAAUGGGCGUCGGAAAAGCUUUAGUCAUGGCCCUCCUUCAAGUAGCGCGGGAUAGAGGCUACAAUGAAAUGAAACUAGAUACGCUCCGACAUAUGCGUGCGCCUAUUGAGCUGUAUAGGAGUCUGGGAUUUACCGAUAUCGAAAAGUAUUAUGAGACACCGCUGGACGAGACGGUCUUCCUAGGGCUAGAAUUAUAG